AUGUUGAGGAGAUUUCCAGUCCACCCAACAUCUCUUGAAUUUGGCAUGGUCGUUGAUAACAUUAUCCAUCAGGCACUCAGAAUCGGAAACUCUGAUUCCAACAUGGGACGUCAGGUACUGCCUUUGAGCGUGUAUAUUAUCAACAAAGUUACUCAAAACAUCCGGGAAAGGGAUUCGCUAAGGAGAGCUUUGGCGGAAUCGGCAUUAUCGGGAAGCAACGGCAUGGUUCCGGCGAAUGAAUCCUCAGCCAAGAAGAUGUUGAAAAGGGUUCGAGUCGAAGACGAAGAUGAAUACGAAGGAAGCAGGAAAAAGAGGAGAGUGAAGGGCGAAGACUGCGUCAUAUGUCUCGAGGAAAUCGAGGUCGGUUCAACAGCUUCUCGGAUGCCUUGCUCUCAUACUUUUCACGAUCACUGCAUCGAGAAGUGGCCGAAAGAAAGUUAUUACUGUCCUCUCUGCAGAUUUGAGAUGCCAACUUAG